UUGGAAGUGACGAAAAUGCAACCUCUUUGAGCCCAUGGCGUUUCCUUUGAUCGCAGCAGCUUACUUUGGCAAUGUCCAUGAGUUGAUGGACUGCUUGAGAGAUGGAGAAGAUAUCGAAGAAACAGAUCCCAAAGACGGUUGCCGACCACUGCACGCAGCGGUCAUCACAGAGCAAGAAGAUGCUGUGAGAUAUCUUCUUCGGCAAAAUGCCGACUUAGAAGCACCGGGUCCUGAUGGUUUGAGUCCUUUGCUCUUGGCGUGUCGAUGCGAUGCUGUCAGCAUUGUGCGACUUCUGCUGGAGAAAGGUGCUGACCGAACAGGAGCCGAGGAGAUUUGUGAGCGCCAUGGCGCGAAGCGAUCUCUGGGUGCUCUCAACGGUGAAGCGCCAGACCCGGGAGACCCACCGGGAGACCCGGGCGACGAUGGCGCAACGAAUGUCUCCGCAAGCGCCAAAGAGCCUUGCAAGGCUCCCAGUCCCAGUGGUCCUAGUGGUUCCGGUGGGCCAUGGUUUGGGUCUGCAGUGGACCCAACCUUUUUUGAAGAAGAAGCAGAGCGGGAUGCACUCGCUCAAAUGCAAGCGCUUGAAGAAGCAGUUGAAUGAGUUCCAAAAUGGCUUUCAGAUGCUUUCAGUUGAUACAAA